AUGCAUCCCUUCAUCCUCUUCAUCUUCUUGUGCACUGUAAUUCACUCUGCAAAUCCACUCUCCUUCAACUUUUCCAGCUUUGAUAGUAACCCAGAAUGCUCAGGUGAUCAGAAAACACACUGCAUAGAUUACCAAGGAGAUGCAUUCUUCAACAAAGCCAUACAACUCACCAAGAACCAGCUCGGAACUCUGAUCACUGACAGCUCCGGUCGAGCAAUCUUCGCCGAACCUCUGGUCUUAUGGGACAAAGACUCUGGCGAGGUUGCUGACUUCACAACUCACUUCACCUUCGUCAUAAAUGAACUCAAUUCUUCUGAUUACGGUGACGGUCUCGCCUUUUUCCUCACCCCUUACUCCUCCACCAUCCCUGAGAACUCCUCCGGUGGUGCUCUCGGGCUUUUUGAAGACUCCAAAAAUUACUAA